AUGGUUGUGGCAUGUCUUAAAUAUAUCAGUCUUAUACUUCAGGUCUUUUACUAUGAGGACGAUGCCGGAGGAAAAAUAAAGCGCGAUAUUUUGAAGAGGAUAGGAAAGAACUGGAAGGAUUCAAGGCACCACUUGUUUCAUAGGUGUUACAAACAAAUAAGGACUUAUGAGGAAAAUCUUAAGCAUCACCCAAAAGGAAUAGACAAAAAUGAUUGGAAAAAGUUCGUUGACUAUCGCCUGAAUGAAGAAACACAGAAAAAGUGUAAACAGAACACUUUAAAUCGGAGCAAGCAACUUUACAUACAUACUGGGGGCUCCAAAACUUUGGCAAGAAAAAAAAAUGAAGUGGAGAGAGAGCAAGGAAGGCUCGUUGGUAGAGGAGAGUUGUUUAUCAUGACUCAUAAGAAAAAAGAUGGCUCGUAUAUCCACCCCAAUGCGCGUGUUGUUAGUGAAGCAAUUGUGAAUGUUGAGAGGCAGGAUGGAUCCUCUAAGCACCUUUCACAGAAUGACUCGCUAGCACAAGUUCUCGGAAAGGAGCACCCAAGACGAGUUCGUGCCCUAGGUGCUGGACCAUGUCCCACACAAGUCUUUGGUAAUGCUGCUGGACAAUCGUCGGGUUCUGCAGAGUCCAAUAUAGAGGAUAAGAGGAUGAUUGCAGAAUUGACGGCUAAGCUAGAAGAAGAGCGGGCAAAGAGAUAG